CGUGCUCAUAUGAGCACAUACUGGUGCAGGUAUUUAUUUGUCAGGUCAGAGACGAGGUCAUGUUUGAUCGCGACACCUAAAGUGGCAGCUUUUACCACUCAGGUAAUGCUGUUAUAUUGUUUUUCAAACAGAGUCAAAUGCAUUCAGCGGACUGAGACGGAAGCUGACUAAUGGGUUGAGAGUAACAGAGGAUAUGCUGCUGUCUCUGUGACGGGGGGGUAGUCACCUGAGAGAAGGCUCCUCAGCUCCACUAUAUAAGACGGAGCACGGGUAGAGGGGACCAUGAAACAGCUUCAGAAGCCAAGAGAGAAGCGAGCAACGCGCUUUACAGUCCCUCCUCUCCGAAGCCCGACAGAAAGGAGCACAGAAGCUCAAACAAUGAAAAGCGCUCACUCUUUGGCUGGACUCCUGCUCCUCAUCAUCAUCCAAAGCAGCUGGCAGGUGCCCGACCAGGACACAGACCGAAACUCCAUGCUACUGGCUGAAAACUCCAUGUUGACGGAACCCAUUGAGCUUCCAAACAUGAAGAGACACUCAGAGGGAACAUUUUCCAACGACUACAGUAAAUACCUGGAGACAAGAAGAGCGCAAGACUUCGUCCAGUGGCUGAAGAACUCAAAAAGGAACGGGAGCCUAUUCAGACGCCACGCAGACGGCACCUACACCAGCGACGUGAGCUCCUACCUGCAGGAUGAAGCAGCCAAGGAGUUCGUGUCCUGGCUGAAGACCGGCCGAGGCAGAAGAGACUGAACUCAUCAGCUCCCCGAAUAAUGCAAACAGUUCACACUGACUCUGUGCUAUUCUAUGUUUCACAAUCUGUGCUAGCCUCUUUUUCCGCGUCAUGCUGUUGAAUUCUCUGUCGGCCCCUUCAGCGGUUUGGAGGGAAAUGUUGUCGAAAUGCUAAAUCUCACCGUCUGUUUGAAAAAAUGUGUCUUAAUCAUAAAGCGCUUUGUGAAUUUUUACCAAGCUUUCACGUCACGAUUCCAUUUUUUCCCCACAUUUUCAUACUCACGUAAAAUUUGUAAGAGUGCGUUACAAUCACAUUACUG